AGGAAGGAGACAGAGAUGUUCCAGGUGCCACAAGAAUGGCCACUAGUACACGAGGUAGUGGGACAAGGACAAAACACAAGGAAACGCCCGAGAGGUGCUGGAGAAUCUGGUAAAAGCACCAUUGUGAAACAGAUGAAAAUCAUUCAUGAGGACGGCUAUUCGGAGGAAGAAUGUAAACAGUAUAGAGUAGUUGUCUACAGCAACACGAUACAGUCCAUUAUUGCCAUCAUACGAGCCAUGGGACGGCUAAAGAUCGACUUUGGGGAAGCAGCCAGAGCAGAUGAUGCCCGGCAGUUAUUUGUCUUAGCUGGCAGUGCCGAGGAAGGAGUCAUGACCCCGGAACUGGCAGGAGUGAUUAGACGGCUGUGGCGAGAUGGUGGCGUGCAGGCUUGCUUCUGCAGAUCCAGGGAGUACCAGCUCAACGAUUCUGCCUCAUAUUACCUAAAUGAUUUGGAAAGAAUAUCCCAAACCAACUACAUUCCAACUCAGCAAGAUGUCCUGCGGACAAGAGUGAAGACCACAGGCAUUGUGGAAACGCAUUUCACCUUCAAAGAACUGUACUUCAAGAUGUUUGAUGUAGGCGGCCAAAGAUCGGAACGAAAAAAGUGGAUUCACUGUUUUGAAGGAGUGACAGCCAUCAUCUUCUGUGUGGCUCUCAGUGACUAUGACCUUGUUCUGGCUGAGGAUGAGGAGAUGAACCGAAUGCAUGAAAGCAUGAAACUGUUUGACAGCAUUUGUAACAACAAAUGGUUUACAGACACUUCAAUCAUUCUCUUCCUCAACAAGAAAGAUCUUUUUGAGGAAAAAAUAAAGAGGAGUCCAUUAACUAUCUGUUAUCCAGAAUACACGGGUUCCAACACGUACGAAGAGGCAGCUGCUUACAUCCAGUGCCAGUUUGAAGACCUGAACAGAAGGAAGGACACCAAGGAGAUCUACACCCACUUCACCUGUGCCACCGACACCAAGAACGUGCAGUUUGUUUUUGACGCUGUCACGGAUGUCAUCAUUAAGCACAACCUGAAGGAGUGUGGGCUUUACUGAAGCGAGCGGGCGUGAACCAAAGUUAUUACAUGUGGAGUGUUGAGACCAGACCUCUCCUGCUGUCUCCUGGGCAGCAGCGAGCAUGACCGGGACCAGGGAUGGCGGCAGCAUGCAGAACUCUAGCGCUCUUUAGCACAAUCUUCUGUAGUAGGGACUCUUAAUUGACACGAGAUGCUCAAGUCAAACAUGGAAUUGGACAGCCGUAAAGUAUGAAUCAAGACAUCACUUGGAUUUCAAAAUCUCAAAUGUUAGAGCAGAUGUGAAGUUGAGGUGCUGCAUUCCAGAACUUCAAUAUGUAGCUUUUUUUUUCCUUGUUAACAGACCAUCAGUAGUUUAUUUUUUAAGGUUUUUUUUCCCCAUCAAGAAUACAAAAUUUUGUUUCUUUGUUUGCAAAAGAAUCUUUAUUAAAACACACACAGUCUUAACUAUGCACAAGAUAUGAGCAGAUCAUCUUGAAAAUAUUCCUCUUAGUAGGAACUCUUUGUUUUUUAACUCUUGGUAUGGUCAGAAUAUAAUAUUUCUGUAAUUGUGUAAUUCUUCAGUUAUUGGGACUAUAAUUACAGCUUUUUUGGAUGAAACGUGUGUUACUAUUCUGUUGAAAGUACCAUAAUGAUUUCUAAAUGGUAAUUACAGUGGAGAGUUCUGUCUAGCUCUCUCUUUUUUUUUAAGCUUAGGUUGAGGGGUAACCGGGUUUAUGCUGAUUACCAAAUUACUAAAUAAAUGCUUCUGUAGUAUGAUAAAGUCAACUUCUUGGAUACAGACAUACCCAGGGCAGCUGCCAAUCAAAUGCAAAUUGCUAAAUUUUAUCUCUUUUUUUUUAAAUUGCUAAAUUUUAAACAGAACCAGUGACUUUGCUGCUACGUCCCUACUAAAUUGACCGCUCUGAUCCUUGAUUGUCUGUCUCGGUCAAAGGGAGUUUUGUCAACGAUGCCCCUUGUUUUUCAUCUCCUAUGGCCUUUUUUCUGUUGGGAAACAUCUAAAGUGUAUGAACAGUGCAUGCUUUUACUUUGUAAAUGUGGUGCCAAAGCCGUUUGCCAUUGUUUUUAUUGUAGCAAUGUUAAUUGUAAUAAUCCUUAGGACGUUCUUUUGCCGAAACCAUUGCAUUUGGGGACCUUUUUCCACGUUGUCAUGUGUACAGAUUUUAAUCUGUUAUAGUGGCAGCAGUAUUAAAAUGAUGAGUAAAGAGUCCAGGUCUGUUCCUGUUUGUCACUAGUCCUUUCUGGAAGUAUUUUCUUUUGUUUCUUUUUGCCCCUGCUGAGUGUGCUUUGGCCUUUGUCUGAGAGUGGGUUUAGGUAAGGAGGUUCCCUGAAGGCUAGUCUUUUGGUGUAAUUGUGUUGUUGAAUCCUGGCCAGCCUGAGGGGCUUAUGUCCCAUCUGUGUAAGUGACAGGCCGUCACAGUCCAUUUCCCAGAUUGACAUUUUGGUCGUGUGGGGAGCUGUAGUUGCCUCUGCCUGCAGGUCCUUUUGUACAAUGUACAGCAAAUGUCAUUAAAUAGUGAACGGUCCAUUGCGGAGGCAGAUGAAGAGAAUGCAUUUUGAGCAGUCCAUGUCACUGGUUUAAGCAGUGCCUUUUGGGGUCCAAUCUUUUAGGAUUGGAUUCUGUUUCAUCUUUUGAUGUGAUCUUUCACUAGUUUAAAAAGAAAAAAAAAAGUUUGGUGGUCAUCGAAGCUGGCUCCAAAAGUAAGCCACAGUAGUUCAGUGCCUUUAUUGGUAGUUUUUGUUGUUGUUUUUUUUCUUUCUUAUUCUUUUUGGAAAAGUAUUACUAUGCAGAUGGUGAACUGUGUUAUCUAACAAUUUUAUUUCAGUGUUGUGAAAACGACCUAAAAGAAAGAAAAUUAUCAGCUUUAAUUGGUGAUUGACUUAUGCCCACAAUGUAAAUAGGGAUGAUAGUUCUUGUUUGUUUUGAAUAUAUCUUUUCCUUAUUGUAUUUUGUAAAUAGAAUCAUCUGGAAAUGAGAAUUGCUCCAGUGUUAUUUUAACUGUAGUGUUUCUAUAGUCUGGGCUGAUGGGAUGGUGUUGUUGAUAGCCCAUAAUAACAGAUAACCCCAAAAAGUUCAUUAUACUUUGAAAUGCAUUUUGUAUUUUCAUUUGAGUAUGUCUGUGUUCAUUUUUAGUCCUUCUGUUAGUGAAAAGUAGUAGUUCUCCACUUUUCUGCCUCUCACACCAUUUACACUUGUUCUGUGUUUACAUGAAGAUCAACCCCCACCCCUCCCCCAUCCCAAAUAACUUACCUGAAUGUACAUUCCUUGGCAGACACAGGGACACAGUUGAAGUCAGUGGUUUUCAAAUAUGCCUUAAGCCCAAAUCACCUGGAUCCAUCUCAGAGAUUGACUCCUGGCCAGCUGGCUAGCAAUCCAUAACUUUAAAAGGGUUAUUCUGAUCACCAGGCUCGCAGAUCACUAUUGUAUGUUGAAAUACAAGAUUUUUUCUUAUAGCUAGAAUGUAGGGAUGAAACAUCCUAUCUACUAGCCUGGAGAAAAGAUUUGAUAUUUGUAAUUAAAGAAACAAAAAGUUGCCUGUGUCUGGGGGUGAAGAAUGCUGGAGAGUUGUGAUGGAUCAUGUUUCAGAAUUCAGGUGGCCAGGCUCUGGACCAUCCAAGAAAUCAGCACAUCUAAGAAAAUUAAAUUGUAAUAAAUAAAGAACAGUAUUUACUAGA